AUGGAGCUUUUAGGCCCAGCGGCAGAUGCUUUUUGCAACUUGGCGGGGGGUGGUGUCGUCGCGGGGUCGAGAAGUGUGACGAUGCCUUUGGGCGCGGCGGCACUGCUGGUAUGGUGCCUGCUAGCGUCGCGGGCAUCAGGGGCAGCCGCCAUGGGGACGCCUUACAACAACCCCACUGAAUUUCCCGAAGGCAGUUGCCAGACCAUCGCAUCUACCGUCCUCGUCGAGAAACAGGUCGUCGACGACAAUGGACACGUCAUCAGGCGAUGUGAAAGCGAAUUGCCGGUGAGCAAAUGUGAGGGAGCGUGUUACUCACAGUCGCAGCCAAGUCUGCGAUAUCCUUCAUUGUAUAAGAAGAUGUGCCUGUGCUGCAAAGAAGAGCAGCUUCGGGACAGGAGGGUAACAUUAAACCGCUGCUACAACCCUGAAGGCGAGCGGAUCGUCGGCACCGACGGGUACCUUGAAGUAGAAAUCCAAGAGCCUGUCGGAUGUGCAUGUCGCGUCUGUCAGACCAUGGCAUAAUCUUUCCAGCUUCAUAACGGACAUCCGCUCCUUCUUCGUAACGCAUCCAGGGACAUGCAAAACGGGUUCCUUCCGCAUUCCUGAGGAUCCAAGACCAAAGCUGGAUUAUUAUUUUGAUCUCUGUCCACACCUUCCAAAUUUGAGAAAACUUACCGCAUGCAUGACCGAGAAUCCUUCAUUUGCGUGAAUGUUGUUUCGCCGGGGCUUCGAACCCACACUGCUAUGGAAUUAUAAGUUCGUCUGAAACGAAUAAAGGCUAUCAAUACAAUGUAAACGAAUACAGAAGA